AAGUUGCUGCUGUUUUCUCGAAAUCCAACACUCGCGCGCGCAGUUUGGUCUGAACCACCUCUAAAUUCACAAGUGUUGUGCCUCUCUUCUUCUUCGUCCAAAACUAGAAGAUUUUCCUUCUAAAAUGCUCAAGGCGGUGCCCUUUCCCAAUCCCUGUCCCACACCCUCACCCAAAGCCCAUGCUCCCUACGAGCCCUACCAAUGCACCAUAGGGGAGGAUUUUAUGCGAAUGGCCAGGGAGCAGCUGCGUGAGGAUGACAACAUACGGAGUCAGGCUCUGGCCCAAUUCCGGGAGUGGAUUGCAAAACAUCCGUACAUUAAAAGGUGCCGCACAGAUGCCGUUUUCUUGUUACGUUUCCUUCGCACCAAGAAAUUCUCCGUUCCUGCUGCUUGUGAAAUGCUCGAGAAAUACCUUACAAUUCGUCAACUGUACCCCGCGUGGUUUCGAAAGUUGGACAUUGAGGAUCCAGCAUUGGAGGAAAUUGUCUCAGCUGGCUACCUUGUGCCACUCCUUAAGCGUGACUCCCAGGGACGUCAAGUUUUCCUAAGUUGUGCAGGAAAAUUCGAUCCUCAUCGCUUCACAUCGGCCCAAAUGGCACGCGUGCAUUCCCUGAUUUGCGAAGCUUUCAUGGAUGACGAGGAGAGUCAGGUGGCAGGCUACAAUUACAUAAAUGACGAAUCCGGACUUGCAAUGGCACACGUGAGCCUCUGGUCGCUCACGGACAUACGGAACAUGAUGAAGUGCAUCCAAAAUUCCACCCCGAUGCGUCACAAAGAAACACAUUUUAUUAAUUUGCCCCACUACGGCAAUAGAGUGGUCGAAUUCAUUUUGACCGUUCUCAAUGAAAAGCUAAAGAAGCGGAUUGUUUUGCAUCCCACUCUAGAGGACCUAAAGCGACAUAUUGAUCCAUCAAUCCUCCCCAAGGAGUACGGCGGUGUGGUGCCACUUAGCGAAAUGAUAAAUCAACUGAAGAUUCGAUUGCGGCAGAAGCGUCAGGAGAUCCUCGCACUUGAUGAUUUCUACAUUGAAAUCUCAAAAACAGCGGCAAAUUUUGCCGGGAACGAGGAUGCCGACAUGGAUACCGGGGUUGUGGGGAGCUUCAGAAAAUUGGAAGUAGAUUAAGUUUAACAUUCUCUCUCUAAUGUAUAGAAAUUUCCCUCCAAGCACUUUGUAAAACUUUCCUCUUUAUGAACUUUUUUUUUAAAAACUUUUUCUGUGCUGCAAAUUAACGUAGUUUUUUUAAGGAAUUUUCUUUUAGUUGAAUGUUGCGUAGUUUUAGUGUGGAAAACUCGGCAAAACGAGUCCAAUUAGGUGGAAAUAAGUUACCAAAUCUGUGAUCCUAUAGUCAAAAUGGGAUGUAUAAAUCACUCAAAUAAUUUUUCAGCACGCCCUAUUUCCCUUUCCACUCUCCUUUCCCAAGAAAUUUUUGCUAAUUUCUCUAUAAAAUUUCUUUUAUGUCUUUUUUAUACUUUCUUCUUUUUUUACUGCUGCUCACUUUAUGCUAUAUAGUUUGUGAAGAAUUUUUGCAAUAUGAUUUUUUGGUGCAAAAUAAAAAAUUAAUUGUUCAUAGGAUAAUUAUUUUUUGGUUAUUAAAUUGGUAAAAUAAUGUCAAUAGCAGUGAAAUUUUUGUGAAAUUCAUUCCAAUAAAACACAUUUCAAAAGAAAAAAAAAA